CAGAGCGCUUCAGUUAGUUAGCUAGCGUUGUUGGCAAACAACCGCUACAGGAGAAGCCGGCGAGUUAAAUCAGCGGAUACUGACUUUAAACUUUACAAGAAUCAAUGGGACCGUUGUCCUAACGUUGCGUCGUAGUUGACAACCGGGUUGAUUUUGUGGCUUCAUGCCGACGUUUAGCGUACAAAACUAGCUUGUCUUUUGCUGUGGCUAAGUGAGCUAACUGUAGCCCCGUACGCUAGCGUGACCAAAGUCUGUUACGUCCACGGGAGAGCAUUCUGACUUGGAGGAAGGAAGGAAGGGAGGAAAUUGAUAAGUAGGAUCACUGCGCACCGUUGCUUAUGCAAAGCUAGGGCACUUUUUGUACUCCCGAGUUCUCUCACUGUGACGCAUUUAGGAAAGGUGACUAUAUGUGCACCCGGUGUGACAUUUAACACCGUUAAGCUAAUAAGAUAUGCUGUUAGUUGUCAUAGCUAGCUGUCAACAACAACAGCCCUCUUGGCUAGCCGUAUAGCGGACGGGAGCUACCACGCUAGCCACAAACUUCUAAAAGAAGUUGUGUAAGUCACAUUCGGCUAUCUGAUAUAUGCCGAUAAGCAAAGCGGGGUUUUGAGCGUGCCAUUGUCGGACUCUUUCACCUGCUCUAAAACAAGGUCGACUGGAGAAACUCAUGGCAUCGGAUGUGAUAGAGAGCGAAGCGGUGCUGAAGGGUGUAAGUGAUAUGAGUUUGAACAAUAGCAGCCCAGAUUUUGUCACACCCAGGAGGACUCAUGAGGAGCUGGGAAACAGACAUACAUCUAGUCCUUCAUCGUCCGGGGUGUCCGGAGAAGGCUACGAGGAGGAAUUAGACGAGUUGCAAACUAGCACAGCGUCCACAGUUGAAAAUGGCGAAGAGGCUCUUCAGGAGAGUCUAACCAAAACAAGAGGUACGCCACAGGAAAGGACAACUCCAGACAAUGAGCAGAAACAGCCGGGAGCAAGGAGCUCAACCCCAGUGAGCCUGCCGCCACAUGCACCCAUUGGAAGCCUGGAGCGCCAAGAGUCAGUUGCCACAACAGAAGCCCGUCUAAGAAUGGAAGGAGUUGAACUUAAGGAAGAGUGGCAGGAUGAGGACUUUCCACGGCCAUUGCCAGAAGAAGAGGAGCUUGAAGAUGAGCUUUUUGCAGGAACCUCUGAAGAGGCAGACCCUGGCUAUGCAAUGAAUCAUGGCAAGAAGGCAAAGAAGAAGCUUGCAGCUCCAGAAAUCAGUCUUACACUGGACCGCAGUGAAGGCUCUCUUCUCUCUGAUGAGCUCGAUGAAAGUACAGAGCUGGACCUCGAUGACAUAGACACACCCUCAGACAACAGCAAUGAGUUUGAAUGGGAAGACGAUCUCCCCAAGCCGAAAACCACAGAGCUGCUGCAGAAGGGUGUGGAGUCGGUCCAGGAGUACUCAGUGUCCGAGGAGAGGGAGGAGGGUCGACGCUGGCGGGUUUUUCGCAUUGGAGACCAGGAACACAGAGUUGACAUGAAGGCCAUUGAACCGUACAAGAGGGUGAUCAGCCACGGAGGUUACUAUGGCGACGGUUUGAAUGCCAUAAUUGUGUUUGCUGUGUGCUUUAUGCCUGAGAGCAAUCAACCAAAUUACAGAUACAUCAUGGACAAUUUAUUCAAGUAUGUCAUCGGCACACUGGAGCUCUUGGUUGCUGAGAACUAUAUGAUUGUGUAUUUGAACGGGGCAACCUCUCGGAAAAAGAUGCCAACUGUCGGCUGGCUCCGAAAGUGUUAUCAGCAGAUUGAUAGGAGGUUAAGAAAGAACUUGAAGUCUUUGAUAAUCGUCCAUCCUUCUUGGUUUAUUCGCACCCUGCUGGCAAUCACAAAACCUUUCAUAAGCUCCAAAUUCAGUCAGAAAAUCAAGUAUGUGUACAGCUUGGCAGACCUUGCAGAGCUGGUUCCGAUGGAGUAUGUGUCCAUACCAGAUUGUAUCAAACAGUUUGACGACGAAAAAAAUAGGAAAAGCCGUAAAAGGUUUAGAUUUUGAUGAAGUUGAUGUUGGAAUCGACCAGGACAUGCACGGCAAAGUGGAGAUGGCUGCAGCUGCUGUUCCAGAGUGACCCUGCUCGCACUGCUAGAUGUGGAGGAGGAGAACGAUGAAGAAUGUUUAGACCCGCAGCCACUCUUCUGUUUAUAUUCUGGGCAACGUGACUGGAGACUUAGCUCUUUGCAUCGAGAAAGUGCCUUUUUGAAACUAUGCUGCCUGUUACAUCCUGGAAGUUACUUCCGGCUUGAUCCUUGGCGUUUUUUCCACAUGCUGUCUGAGAUGUUUUUAAUCUUUUUUACUGCCGGUAUAUCAUCAUGUCAAACUUAGCUUAUUGGUGUUACCUAGUGACUGUAUCUACACUUUAUUUAAGGCACUCUGUUACAAAUGGUUGAUGCAUGUUCUGCUUUAUUACAUUUAAAUAUAUAUUUAUAUUCAAAAAGGUGACAAUGGAGAGAAAUUAAUAUAUUUUUAUGGUUGCUCUGAUUUUAAAACCGCAUUUUAGGUCUCUGACCAUUUGAGUGGCAUUUCAUAGAACAAGUUUUGACAUCAGCCUUUUUUUCACUGUUCACUGCUGACGUUCUCUGUUUAAAAUCCUGCCUGGGGAAAAUAAAGUUUUAUUUUUUGCCCCCUCACAUGAAUGUGCCCCUCUGACUGGUGGAGAGAGAACAUCUGUGAGAGCAACAAUCUGCAACAAAAAAAUUGUAGGUCUUAAUGUAACAUUUCCUCCAAGUAAAAUCAUCAUCCACA